AUGAAAGUCCAAGCGAUCGCUUUCGUCUCGAGUGUACUUGUCGCUGUCGCUUUCGGGUCAGUUGCACCCUGGGAGCAGUACAUCCAAUCUCCUGCGUCUCGAGACAUUGCUCCUGUCAGUAUCUAUGGCUCCUCCGGCAACGUCAACGUCUCUGACCUGACCGCCAGGCUGUCCGGCAACGGAUCUACCGUCACGAACGACUUCGGCCAGCAAGUAGCGGGGUUCAUCACGCUGCAAUUCGCUCCUGCUGCACCCGAUUCAACCUACACGUUCGGUCGAGAGUUCGCUCGAGGCAGCUUCCGUUAUCUAACGCUGUCCACGAGUUCGUCUGCCCCGAUUGAGAUCACCGGAGUCUCCACGCACUUCACAGCUGCUCCAGCUACCGACGACGACAAACUACGCGAGUACUCGGGUUACUUUUACAGGGAUGAUGAGCUGCUCAACCGUAUCUGGUACGCCGGUGCGUACACCGUUCAAAUCUGUACGAUCGCGUCGAACGAAUCUCGUGCGAACCCACCGACCAUCACCAAGUACGGCUGGUUCAGCAACGCCACCAUCCAGAACGUGACUUCCGGUGCGGAAGUGUACGUGGACGGCACCAAACGCGACCGUACGCCCUGGCCUGGUGACUUUGGUGUGGCUACAUUGUCAUGGGUAACCACGUUGAACGACGACAACCUUUUAUCGGUUCGUCACGCUAUUAACUCGCUCUAUGCGAUCCAGAACACGACAAACGGUCAGUUCGCCUAUGCCGGUACUCCUAUUGCUCCCCGAGUGCAACUAGCGGGUAUCAACUCGGAUACGUACCACCUGUGGACGCUGAUCUCCAUAGUCGACUACGCGAUUCUCACUGCUGACACGGAAUUCCUCAAGAGCCACUGGGACCGUGCGUUGUUCGGCUUUGAGUUUAACCUGGGCAACGUGGACUCGUCCGAUAUGCUGCUUAACGUCACGGGCGUCUUUGAUUGGGGUCGUGUGGGUCAAGGAGGCAAGAACAUCGCCGCCAGCUCGCUCCUGUACCACGCGCUUUACAGUUACGCCGACAUGGCGAAGCAUCUGGGGUACGAGGUGCCGUCCUACAGCGGCACGACGUUUGGAGAUCUCGCUGGUGCUGUUAAGACUGCGGUUAAUAUCAAUCUUUGGGACGACUCAGUCGGUCUUUUCCGUGAUAACACUACAGCUGCAGGUGCUGAGCUGCACCCCCAGGAUGGCAACUCUCUUGCUGUUCGGUACAAUCUGACGCAGUCAUCAGAGCAAGCUACUACCGUCUCAGAGAACCUCGCGGCUCGAUGGAACGAAUACGGUGCUGUGUCGCCUGAAGGUCUCGGCUCUAUUUCGCCGUUCAUCACAAGUCUAGAGGUGGAAGCUCAUCUACGUGCCACUCCUGGCGACGCAUCACAUGCUCUCGCGAUCAUCCGUCGUCAAUGGGGCUACAUGCUCGAUACUUUCAGCAACUCGACUACUAUUGAGGCGUACUACGAAACGGGAGAGCUGAUGUACCCAUUCUACGGUCUGGAAUUGGGUGCAUACAUUUCGCACGCACACGCUUGGUCUACGGGUCCAACAGCGUCUUUGACGUUGCAUGUAGGCGGGCUGAGUCCCGUGACGGAUGCUGGUAAGACGUGGAAAUUUGUACCACACGCAGCUGGAGCGGGUAUUGGCGAGCUACACACUGGGUACUCGCUGGCGACGGGGGACUUCUCCGUUAAGUGGACGACCAAGGACGAGGACAGCUUCUUCCAGGCCAACUUUGAGACUCCAAAGAACACAACGGGGUCCAUCUCGGUGCCCACGUUCGGCAAGGCUCUGGAUACAAUCGAGAUUUUCAUCAACGGCAACACAGUGUGGGCUAACGGCGAGUCGUCGUGGACUGGCUUCGGUGCGGCCGUUGCAUCCAGUGACUUUGUGACAGUGUCACAAGUUCCUUUCGGAGGAUGGAUCUCAAUUGUAGCCAAGGAUUGA